AUGAAUUUUGUUUCUCGAACUGCACUCUUGAGCAUACCACUUAAGCAACCAGCUGAAUUGCAGUGGACACCUUAUUUACUCGACUACAUCUACUCGAGCUAUGGUCAGGAUAUAGCGCAAUACCGAGAGGAUUGCCAUCUGCUGGAUUCUCUUAGAAAGCAUGCUUUGAACCAAUCUUCUAAAUCGCCUUUCGCUAUUGAAGAUCUAUCCAUCUAUUAUAGUCAACUCACUUUCCUCAGUUCCCGUUUCCCUUUAAAUGUAAGUAGACCCAAAACAAUGAAUAACUAA